CAUAAAAAUAUCUCUUUUUCGGCUGCCAGAGAAGGCCGAAUAGCUUGUUUGGAUAAUGGCUUUGUUGCGGAAGUUGUUCCACCGCAAGCCGCCGGAAGGGCUUCUCGAGAUCUGCGAGAGAGUGUACGUAUUUAAUCGUUGUUUCACCGCCGGUGCUUUGGAAGAGCAAGAUUACAAGGGUUAUGUGGAAGAUAUUGUUGCUCGAGUUAGGGGAAACUAUCCUGAUGCUUUAAUCUUAGCUUUCAAUUUCCGGGAGGGUGAGAACCAGAGUCAGCUUGCAGAUGUUUUUGCUGAAAAUGAUAUGACCAUAGUUGAGUAUCCUCGGCAAUAUGAAGGUUGUCCACUGCUUUCACUAGAGGUUAUCCACCAUUUUCUAAAAUCUUGUGAAAGCUGGCUUACACUGGGGCUGCAAAAUCUACUUCUUAUGCAUUGUGAACGCUGUGGUUGGCCGGUAUUGGCUUUUAUGUUGGCGGCAUUGCUGAUCUAUAGGAAGUUUUACAGUGGAGAGGUUAAAACUCUGGACAUGGUUUACAAGCAUGCUCCCCCCGAUCUUCUGUACUUGCUUUCACCUCUAAAUCCUAUUCCUUCUCAGAUAAGGUACUUGCAGUAUGUAUCAAGGAGGAAUGCUGCCACAGAAUGGCCCCCGCAAGACCGGGCACUCACCAUGGAUUGUGUCAUUAUUAGAACAAUUCCUAAUUUUGAUGGAGAGAAUGGCUGCCGACCAAUAUUUUGCAUAUAUGGACAAAAUCCCUUGCUUGAUUCAGAUCGUGAACCAAAGGUUUUGUUCUCAACCCCAAAGAAUAGUAAGACACUGCGACGCUACAAGCAGGCAGAAUGUGAAUUAGCAAAGAUUGUUAUCAAUUGUCAUAUUAAAGGUGAUAUCGUACUGGAGUGUACCAACUUGCAUGAAGACACAAACCGGGAAGUGGUGAUGUUUCGUGUAAUGUUUAACACAGCUUUUGUUAGGUCAAAUAUUUUGAUGCUCAAUCAUGAUGAAAUUGACAUAUUAUGGGAUUCAAAGGAUCUAUUUCCAAAGGACUUCAAGGUAGAGGUUCUUUUCUCGGAGAUGGAUGCUACGCCAACUAAAACACCUGUUGACUCUUCUUGUAGUAGUGAAGAGUGGGAUGGCCUUCCCGUGGAAGCAUUCAAUAAAGCUCGAGAAAUAUUUAAUAGUAUCGACUGGUGGGAUCUGAAACUGGAUGAUGCAGUUGAAGCUUGCCAACCUCUGGCUGACUCCAAUGCAAAGGCAAUAGGUGAAUCUUACUAUAAUGCUGAAAAGGCUAAUUUGAUUCAGAGCCUUUCAGCCGAAGGUGUUAAAUCUGCUUCUACAACAGAUUCAACUUCAACGAACCACUCUAACUUUUUCCAGAAAUUUAUGGAUGGUAAUGUUGAUCUGAGUUCUUCCUCUACAGUGAAGAUGAGGAAAUCCUCUAGUUUUGGAUCUCUUUCUUCCCUGAACUAUUUUUCAUUCACUCCAAAUGAUGUUCAUGACACUGGAGUUGAUUCAGCUAACACUUAUGCAUGUUCUCCACCUCUUCCACCUUCCUCCCCUUUAAAUGAAAAUUUAACUUCUGGAUUUGGGCCUUCACAUUUGCCUCCUCUUACCUCCCAUUCGAUUGAGAACUCAACUGAAAAACUUUCAACUUGCCCACCUCCAAUUCCUUGCACUGCCCCUUCAAAAGAAAAUUUGGCUUCUGGAGAUGGAGCUCACAACAGCACUGCAGUCUGUCAGUCACCACCCUCACCUCCUCCAGUGCCUUCUAGUGGUAGUUCUUGUGCUCCAGUUUCUCCUUUAAAGGAGUCUUCUUCUUCAAGUGCCGUGCCUUCUGCUUUGCCUUCUAUGCAUGGUGGGAAGGGUGCACCUCCUAAUCCUCCACCGCCCCCACUUACUGGAUAUAAUUCAUGCACACAUCCACCUCCUUCCUUGGAGCUUACUAAUGGAAGCUCCGGUGAAGGGGUUCCUCUUCCUCCACCUCCUCCAAUACCUACAAAUCAAUCAACAGCAUCCCCAUCACCUCUGCUUCCUGCCCCUGAUGCUAAUCAUGGAUCUACUAGUUCUGCAUAUGUUCCUUCAGCACCACCCCCUCCAGUUCUUUCCACUGAGGAACCUAGAAGUGCAUCGAAUUCUAUCUCUACUACUGGUAAGAAAGGGAGUGGCUUGUCUGUUUCUCCAUCUCCUCCACCUCCUUUCAUCCCUCCACCUGGAACUAAAGGCAAAGGGUUACUUUCUCGUGCAAUAACUUCAAAGAACACCCAAACAAAGAAAUUAAAGCCAUUGCAUUGGUUGAAAAUAUCACGAGCAGUUUCAGGGAGCUUGUGGGCAGAGGGUCAAAAAUCUGGAGAUGCUUCUGAGGCGCCAGAGAUAGAUAUGUCAGAACUUGAAACUCUUUUCUCAGCUGCAGGUCCAGAUGGGAGUUCAAGUAGGAAACCAAGUUCACGAGGUUCACUGGGGCAGAAACCUGAAAAAGUGCAGCUGGUGAUUUAUUUGAUAGAUCAUAGACGGGCAUACAAUUGUGAAAUUAUGCUCUCAAAAGUGAAAAUCCCUUUGCAAGAUAUGCUAAUUUCAGUACUUGCUUUGGAAGAUUCUGCCUUAGAUAUUGAUCAGGUUGAAAAUCUCAUCAAGUUUUGUCCAACAACAGAUGAGAUGGAAAUUCUUAAGGGUUACAAAGGAGAUACAGAUAAAUUAGGGAAAUGUGAACAGUUCUUUUUGGAGCUGAUGCAAGUGCCAAGGAUAGAGUAUAAGUUGAGAGUUUAUUCAUUUAAGAUUCAAUUUCACUCCCAGGUUUCUGACCUCAGGAAGAGUUUGAAUGUUCUAAAUUCUGCUGCAGAUCAGAUCAAAGGGUCGUCUAAAUUGAAGAGAAUCAUGAAAACAAUACUUUCAUUGGGCAAUGCUUUAAACCACGGAACAGCUAGAGGCUCCGCUGUUGGCUUCAGGUUGGAUAGCCUUCUCAAACUUACUGAAACUCGUGCCCGGAAUUCCAAGACGACGCUCAUGCAUUAUCUUUGCAAGGUACUUUUUGAUAAAUUACCGGAGCUUCUUGAUUUUUGGCAAGAUCUUUCUUCAAUUGAACCUGCAUCUAAGAUACAACUGAAAUUUUUGGCCGACGAAAUGCAAGCCAUCAACAAGGGCCUCGAAAAAGUAUUUCAAGAGCUGACCAUGUCUGAAAGUGAUGGACCAGUGUCAGACCAGUUCCAAAAGUCUCUGACCGAAUUCCUUUCCUUCGCCGAAGAUGAAGUGAAGUCCCUGUCUUCACUUUAUGGCAGAGUGGGUCGAAAUUUGGACUCAUUGAUCAAUUAUUUUGGCGAAGAUCCGGCGCGUUGCCCAUUGGAGCAAGUAAUGUCGAUUCUUCUGAACUUUGUAAGAAUGUUUAAGAAAGCACAUGAAGAAAACCUCCUGCAGCUGGAGUUUGAUAAGAAACAAGACAGAUAAGGACGGUUCGAAGAAGGAGCUGCAGUCGGCGCAAUGUUCCGCCAUAAUGAAUUACUAACUAAUGCACAAUGUCGACUGCAGAUUAUGUUUGGAUCAGGUAAGAUCAAGCAUGUUGAGAAUACUGAAUACCGCUCAGGUUAGAUUAGUUGUCGAUGAUUAUAUAUUACUUUUGUAUUCUUGUCG